AUCUGCAAGCGGCGGCAUUUCGCGAUAUAUCGCUAAUUAACUAGUCGGUUGUGCCGCGUGUCAGCACAACAGCAACACCGUUUUGUGCAGCAGCGAGCAUGACAUCCGCUCACCUCAAGUCGCACUAACCUUGCUCGUCCGGCUCCUUACCUUUUGCGGCAUUCGACAGAUCCACUUUCAUAUCACGCUCGGGCAAAUACAAACACGACAACUACAAGCGAUCCGGCAGCACAUUGCAGCACUAUGAGUUGGCAUAAGACUGCCUCGAUCCUGUCGGGCUUCUGCGUCUAUCCAUUCAGACCUCAUUCAGCUGCAGAUGGCGUAUCAGUCGACGUUGCGAGCCAGCAGGUCUCUAUGGAAGUCGGCGAUGAGGUCUAUGCCUUCGAGGAAUACAGCACGGGUCUGCCGUCGCACAGCCUGAGCAGCUCCGUGACAUGGUAUAGAGGCUAUGUCGUGUGUGCGACGAAGAGCUUCUCGGCCGCAGCGGCGGCAGCUAGCUCAGGAACAGACGCCUCUGGUCAGGAGGAGCCAGAAGUGUUUGUUGGCAUCUUCCCAGCCUCGCACUGCCAGAUCAGAGAGCAUUCCGAUGUACAGGAGGAACCUUUAGGAGAGCUACCCGCGGAUAUGCCUGUCAGUACUGGCUUCAAGCGGCCAAUGUCCGUUUUGGCCGAGGUCGACGAAGAGGAUCUGCCAAAUUCGGCUCUCUUGGACCACGAAAUGGCAGUCGGAUUUGCGAAGCAGCAGUUGAUGGCGAGCGCCUUUGCUAUCGGGCAAGAUCCAAACAGACGUAGUAUCAGUCUGUCCAACGGCGACGCGCCUCGGUCGGCAGGCUUAGAUGGUUCAGAGCGCCCGCAGCCUCCACUGCCAUCGCUCAGAUGCGGCGACGAAACAGUAGGCGGACUCGAAGACCCUUUGAUCGACGAGCUCGCUGUGGCUAUUCGCGAGUGGAGCUCGCUCCUCAACACCUACCUUUACCGCGGUGAUUAUGAGCUGUUCGACUCGGUCAAAGCUGCAAUUGAAGCGCUCCACAUCGGUCGCAAACAACUCCUAUCGAACAUACUCGGCACGGAAGAGCGCGUACAUCUGCGGCAAUCACUGAUCGCCCAGCUCGCUGCCGGUAAUGCUGCGCAGGAGCUCGAUCUUAUCGUGCGACACCCGAUGACCGGUUGUCUGGCAGAUGUUGACCACGACGAUCACAUCGACGACAAUGCCUGGAUGAGCGUGAUCGAGAUGUACAAGCAGCAGAUCAAGAUGGCCAGCGAUGAGCCCACAGCGUCAGACGUAAAGUCGGACUUCCAUUGCUUGCUCUUACAAUUCAAAGCCCUCGCGAAUGCGACCUGUGCACCCGGGGAAGAGCUUCAACUCGAGAUGUCACUUUAUGACAAGCGCGAGCUGACCUUUUUGACGGAAGAGUUUGUGGUUAAGCUUGGACCAGACGGACCCUCACCUGCGGUCAACUUGCGAACGCUGUUUGAGGAACUCGGGCGGAACGACAUCGGCGAUGACGUCUAUCUUGUGUGUAAGCUGACUCGCCGAGAAGCCCUCUCGCCCGUCCAUCCGGCCUCGCCGAAUCCUAAUGAGGGCUCGCCGGCGCCAACCAAGGCACCCGUCGACAACAAGCCUACCAAAACGAUCACCGUUCGCAGAGCAGUUGGUUGCGGCGUAGUCUGUCUAAGCGCAGUCACACGAGACACGAUCGCAACAGACGUCCAUAUACCCCUCUUUGCUCCAGAAGAUGAAGUCUACUUUCCUUCAGUCCACGAGAGCAUCAUUGCCAGUAGAACGACCGAGUUCCGCCGCCUUGCCCGCAUCGAGGAACUUGUACUCGCCCUCACUAUGCUGUCCGGUACGUCUGACCAGAUUUCAGGCGCAACAAGCGGUCAUGACUCGGCGCCAAUCAUUAUUACCAAGCGUCUAGGCUUCUCGGACGUCGUGCUCCCCGAAGACAUCCGUAAUGAUGUCUACGUGAAGCUGUGGUCGGCCGAUUUUGGUAAUUUUGCUCGGCAAAAGGGCAAAGGCGUCAAAGUUCCAUUGGCAACGGCAACGCAGGCGAUCAGUCUGGAAGCGACCCUUGAGAUAAGGCGCGACAGUGGCCUAACCGUCACGGAUGCCAUUUCAUCCGGCUGCGGUGGAAGCGUGAGCCGUCCGCAACAUACCUCGGUAGUCUAUAGGAACCAGUAUGCCCCGACUUGGGGAGAGCUCGUCAAGCUCUCCCUGCCCGAGACGCAGACAAAAGCGUUGCCGCACCUCUUUUUCACCUUUCGUAAUAAGGCGGCUCGGUCGGGCGCCGAUGCUGAACGCCCUUUUGCAUUUGCUUACUUGCCCUUGCUGUCCACGACAGGCGGUUCAUUUCCUAGCGAUGGAGAUCACGAUCUCAUCGUCUACCCAUACGACAGCGAAAGCUCACGCCCCUCGGCUUAUUUCCAGCAUUCGCACGAGGCGAAUCAGGAAGCUCCACGCGCAGCGAACGCUCUGCCCGAUCGUUUCACCAUCAAAACUUCGCUUUUUUCCACUUUGCUGACACAGAAUGCUACAUUGCUCAAGCUGAUGCAGUGGGAGUCGCAUCUUGGGACAGACCCGACAGAGGCCUCCCGCGUCUUAGCCAGCCUGAAGUUCGUUAGCGAGGUUGAGGUGUGCAAAUUUUUGCGACCCGUCUUUGACAGCCUCUUUGGGCUGCUUGGUUCAAGGCUCAAUCAAGGUGGCCAGCUCGAUAACGACAUCUUCUCAGCACUGGUCACGAUAUUGGGAAUCACGUCAGAUCGACGGUUCCACAAGUUCAAGCCUGCCGUAGGCAUCUAUCUAGCAGAUCACUUUGCAAGCACGUCAGCCUGGGUCACACUUCUCAAAUGCGCGCGAAAGCUGUUGCACCCAGAGCAAGAAGCUGGGAUGGCCCUAAGAGCGGCACUGAAAGUCUGGGGAGACCUCUUUCGCUUCAUUGCGCGAUCUCGCGAAUUGCAGCGACCGCGCGACAUCGAAUUGGGCUCAAUGGCAGAACAUGUCGAGAACCAAUUUGUUCGAGAGAUACUGCAGACGCUGCAUGACAUGACAGUCUUAAUGCAGCGCAACAAGCCUGCUUCGAUCAUAGGCACACAAACGCUGGCAGUGCAGCACUUUGCAGAUGCCAUCCCGUGCCUUGCUUCGACUGUGCCGAUACCAGAUCUUAUCGACACCAUUGAGGCCUUCUGUAGCUCCACGUCUGAUGUCAAGGGCAAGCUGGCGAAUUGGCGGUUGGUCAUGCUGGGAAAUUUAGCGGCUACAUCUCUCUUGGGUACUGUCGCUGGCAGAGCUAGGCUAAUACCUGUGUUGAUCUCAGCGUUGCGCGCACAUCUCGGCCGGCGCGAAAGCUUCUUCAUCGGCGAUCGCGAAGAGACCGAGCAGACUCGGGAUGCUUCUCGUGUGCAAUGGCUUGAGGGCCUUCGUCUUGCGACUGGAGCUCUCGGUACUCUACUAGACCAGCUUCAUCGAGCUUUGCUUAACCCCCUCGGCAUGUCCGGAGAGGACGACAUACGUGCUGACGAAGACAAUACCGAGCUCGUUUUAACGCUUUUGCCCAAGCUUCUGGACUCGUAUGCUGAAUUCGAAAGCUCAUACAACCUGCAAGCUGUAAAUCGCUCCGCGAUCGCUCAGCCAUCCCUUUUCUCGCAUGAGCUGAUUCCUCUGCCGACAAGCUACCCAAUUGCACUAAUGGCGCCUUCACGCAAGACAUCGAGCAACGAAGCCAGUAGAGAGGCUGAUCUCCAACCCGGGCUAUGUGAUCUCGCUGCAGUUCUUGCCGGCAUUGUGCUCCUCGUACCAGACAGCAUGCUGCUCGCUUGGAUGGAUGGAUAUGUGGCCGUCGAAGGUCUCGACAAUUGCGCCAAGAUGCUAGGUAAUCUUUUCAGGAUCACGACUUCUGUGCUCGAUAACGUCGCGUUCCCAUCCAAUUGGCUCAAUCUCAACACUCUCUUUCACCGCAUUACACUCAAGAUCAUUAGCAAUGCCGAUGUCGUGCUCGAGAGACAUUUCAUUCCACCCCAGCGACUAAGCUACACUUUCAAUACUUCCCUCUGGCGUGAUUAUUUUGCUAUGCUCUUCCGACUGCUAUCAAGCGAGCAGCUCGUGAUCGAAGAGUUCCCACCUCAGAAGCGCCGGGCAAUCUGGCGCCUAGCGGGUGACGUUCGGGGCGUCGGGGCUCGCGUGCUGCUCAAGACCUGGCAAGCAUUGGGCUGGCAAGAGAAAAGUGACUUCAACUCUGCACUUGACCGGAGUGGCGGCUAUCAGAUCCAAUUCGUCCCUGCGCUCAUCGAAAAUGUUCUGGAGCUGUGCCUGUCGCAUCACGAUGAGCUUCGGGGCGUUGCCGUCUUGGUACUGGCGACUAUGGUCGUGGGUGAAUACCGACUCAACUCGCAAUUCGAGAACAUCGAAGUAGAAGUACUUGAUCGACUCGAUGUCCUUUUCGCUGCCAAGAAAGGCGACGACCUUCUGCGUGGCUUCUUUACCGCACAACUCCAGGGCCUCUUCACCGACGCAGAUGUGGAUGGAGAGCUGCGAAGACAGGUUGAUGUCUGGCUGGCUUCGCUUGCUCGCUUUCUCGACUUGCUGAUGGGCGUGCGAAAUCUGCCGGAAGGUGACGAAUAUCUCGAUGACAAGGUCAUCGGUACUCUCAAGCUCAUGUCUUUUAUCAAAAGCAUCAAUUCUGGGCCCGUCUUCAUCCGAUAUGUUCAUCGUCUUGUCGAUUUCCACACCAGUGCUGCUCAUUACGUCGAAGCUGCUCUGGCCCUCAAGCUCCAUGCCGAUUUGUAUGCUUGGGAUCGCAAAAGCGUGCUCCCUGCAGUCCAAGAGCUUGCGCUGCCCAGCCAGUCCAAAUUCGCCCGCAAAGAAGCCUUGACUGUCAAAAUACUCGAGUUACUUAGCAAAGGCCAGGCAUACGAGAUUGCGCUGCAGCUUUGUAAAGAUCUACAAGUGCAGUAUGAAGGCGAGGUGCAAGACUCAGCGACUUGCCGACGCUUGUCCGAGCUCAUGACCCAUCAGGCCAUUCUCUACAACGAUAUGGCCACCGACAAGCGUGAGCUCCCGACCUUUUUCAAAGUCGCGUUCGUUGGCAGAGGCUAUCCGAUACCUGUCCAGAACCGGCAAUACAUCUAUCGAGGCAACAUUGGCGAGACGCAGAGCGCUUUCUGCGAAUGGCUUGCACAGAAGCAUCCUAAUGCGACCCUGCUCAAGACACAUGCAACGCCAGAAGUACAGAUCGCACAGUCAGAUGGGCAGUACCUGCAAGUCAUGACAGUCACGCCUCGAAGCAGUAUAGCGAGUACGAGAGCGUCCAUGCAGCCCAUCGAGCCCGACUUGCCGUAUCGCGACAUACAAAGCUUUGCUUACAUAAGACCAUUCGUGAAGGGAGACGCACCAAUCGUUGCGGGAGUGCCAAGCACAGCCCAUUUGUGGCAAGAGCGUACGAUCUUCACCUGCGCAGAGUCAUUCCCGACAGUGCUGCGGCGCUCCGAGAUCACCAGUGUGGAGUUCGUCGAAGUUUCGCCAAUUCAAAAUGCUUUACACGAGGUCGAAGAGCGAACGAAAGAGCUUGCAAUUGCAGAAGCCAAGUACAGUAUGCUCGACAAAGCGCAAAGCGACCUCGCUCCGCUCUCGAUGCUUCUCAACGCGGCAGUGGAUCCUGCCGCCAACACGGGCGUCUCCUUCUAUCGCAAGACUUUCUAUACUUCGGCAUAUGCCCAGGCGCAUCCAGCAGAAACCGGCCUCGUGGAUCGACUGCAUCAAGCCGUAGAGUCUCAGGUGGCCGAGCUGAGCAAGUGCAUGGCACUUCAUGAGCGAUUGUGCUCGAGCGAUAUGCUGUCUUUCCACGCGACCUUGCAAAAGCUAUUCGAGAAAAAUUUCGCGCAAGAGAUCAGCAAUGUGGCAUCUGCAAUUUCGGUCGGUGGUAACGUCGACUCAGCAUCACCAUCAGCCCUGCCUCGGUUUCCACGAGCGCCGACCAUCGAAGGCAGGCGACCGUCAGCAAGUACCAAUUUCGGCGAAGCUUCCCUCUUCAGCAGCCCGGCAACUAAGUUGAGCACACCUAUCAAGCGUAACACGCCCACAUCUUCACCGAUGCUCCCUUCCAUGCCGACGGCGAGCCUGCAGCACUCGCCAUCCACACCGUCGCGCAGGGGCACUGUCUCGAGCCCAGACAGCUCACACGCGAUCGGCGGACAGCCCAGAUAUGCCUCACGAGAUUCAUCAGUGCGGGCGGUCGAGCGAUCUGGCACGGUGCGGAGCACUCGGACGAACAGUGACCGCCGCAGCCUGUUAGGCGCUUUCAUUCGUCGACGCAAAGAUGACGAGCAAGACUAGGCUGAUGUGUCGGGAGAUGCACUUACAGAUGGAUAUCUAUGUCUUGUCUAUGAAUUGGUCCAGGCCGCCUUCCGCUUCUCUGCAAAGGCUGACAUGCCUUCCUUUUGGUCGUUUGUAGAGAAGAGGCCAUGGAAAAGACGCCGCUCGAAU